GUGUGUGUGUGUGUGUAUGAAUACAUAUGGCAGUAUGUAGCAGCUGGAGUGAAACUGUUGGCGUGGCAACUGGUGGCGUCACUGUGGCUGUGACUCUCAGCCUGGCAGAGGUGAAAGUGACCCACCCUGGUGGCGGGCGCAGCACUGCUAGCAAGAGGAGUGUGCAGCAUCACCAGUCAUCCCACUUACCAGACGAAGGACGUAUAGGAACCCAUUCACCCUACGACACACAAUUUAAUGGUAACUCUUGCAAUAGCAUCAGGAGACACCUAAGCAACACAAGAUGUCAUCUCAAGGUGCCUACAGUGCCACUCGUAUCAGAGGUUUGUCAGUGAGGGACAUCCGCUUUCCUACCUCACUAAAAUCAGAUGGAUCAGAUGCUAUUCACACUGACCCUGACUACUCGUGCACCUACGUCGUCCUCUACACAGAUACCAACUUCAAGGGCUUUGGCCUCUCAUUCACCAUCGGCCGAGGCAACGAGCUGGUGGUGGAAGCUGUGAAGUCCCUUUCGUACCUGGUGGUCGGCAAGAACCUCAGUGAUAUAUAUGAUGACUUCGCGGCCACCUGGAGGUCUCUCACCUCGGAAUCGCAGCUAAGAUGGGUUGGGCCAGAGAAGGGAGUAGUGCACCUGGGAGUGGCUGCGCUGGUCAACGCUCUCUGGGACCUCUGGGCACGUAUUCAACACAAACCUCUCUGGAAGCUGCUUGUGGACAUGGAGCCAGAGCAACUCGUCUCCACCAUAGAUUUUAGAUACAUAGAGGAUGUGCUGACGAGGGAGGAGGCGGUGCAAAUGCUGAAUGAGAUGCAGAAGGGUAAGGAGGCGCGAGAGGAGAGGAUGCUGAACCGCGGCUACCCAGCAUACACCACUGGCGCAGGAUGGCUAGGGUACUCGCAGGAGAGGACUCAGACGCUCCUCAAGCAGUAUUUGUCCCAGGGCUGGACGCAUUUCAAGAUCAAGGUGGGACAAAAUCUGGAGGAUGACAAAAGAAGAUGCCAGUUAGUCAGGGAUAUCAUUGGCGAAGAUAAAACACUGGUCAGUAUUGAGAUUAGGAAGGUAUGAACGUGGUGCUGUGGU